GCCAAGACCGCACGACACGCACGACGCUGCUACUGUGUGCUGUUGGCUGUCUAAUAUUUUGAUUAAUUCGCUGCUUAUUUCAAGAAAUAAAACUGUUUGUUUCAACAAUAAAAAGAAAAUAAUUUGCUUUACGAUGGCUGAGACUAUGAAACAAACUGUCGCUACAAUAUUAAAAAGUAUAGAAAGAUAUAAUCCGGCGAAUCUUCAAACUCUUGAGAGAUACGUAGAGACACAGUCUCGUGAGAAUACUUACGAUUUGGAAGCUAAUUUGGCCGUGUUAAAACUAUAUCAAUUCAACCCUGAGAAAUUCAAUGCAGAUAUCACUUGUCAGAUACUGCUGAAAGCUCUCACCAAUUUCCCUCACACUGAUUUUACAUUAUGUAAAUGUUUAUUGUUAGAGUCUGUGACGGAAAAUGAAACAAUUUCACAAAUUAAAUAUUUGGCAGACAUUUUGGAGCAGUGUGACUUUGCCCAGUUUUGGAACAGAGUGCAUCAGAUGCCAGAACUAUGCAACCGCAUAGUUGGCUUCCAUGAUUCCAUCCGCAAGUUUGUGUGUCAUGUGGUUGGAAUCACUUUUCAAACUAUUGAUAAGAACAACCUCGCCAAUUUGUUGGGAGGAAUUGAUGAUGUCACCUUAAAACAUUGGGUCAAGAAAUAUGGAUGGAGAGAUGAAGGCAACCUUAUCUUCAUUGCCAAUCAGGAUGAGAACAUAAAAACAAAGAAUAUCACUGAAAAAAUUGAGUUUGAACACUUGGCCCCCCUUAUGGCCCUCUUGUAAACUGAUUGAUUUCAAGUUAUUAAAGGUAUUAUGUAAAU